GCGAAGCGGCGGUGGAUUGCAGGCUCAGGCCGUGCGGGCGCGGCGCGGCCCGCGGGUGAGUCGGCGGCGUGAUUGGCUUGUCUUUGCUGCUUACAGCCUGCGUUCGGGUUGGAGCAUCCGGAAGACUCCAUUGAGAAUUGGAGUGUGACAAGUUAACAGGAGAAAAGAAGUUGUUCCUUCCAUUCCAUGGAUCCCUUGGGUGCUCCUUCCCAGUUUGUGGAUAUUGACAGUCUGCCAGGCUGGAGUAAUGUCCGUGAGGCUACCCAGGUGGAUUCUUACCAAAAUCCUGUUGAAAAAGCUCAAGUCGAUGUUAGGUCACCUUUUCCAUACAGGAAAGAUCUCAAUGCAAAAAUUGUCUUGUGGAAAGGAGACGUAGCGUUACUGAACUGUACAGCCAUAGUGAAUACCAGUAAUGAGUCUCUCACCGACAAGAAUCCAGUAUCUGAAAGUAUUUUCAUGCAUGCUGGGCCUGACCUGAAGGAUGAACUUCAGAAGCUCAAGGGAUGCAGGACAGGAGAAGCUAAACUCACCAAAGGAUUUAAUUUGGCUGCACGCUUCAUCAUUCACACAGUUGGACCCAAAUACAAAAGUCGUUAUCGUACAGCAGCUGAGAGUUCUCUGUACAGCUGCUACCGGAAUGUCCUGCAACUUGCAAAGGAACAGGCAAUGUGCUCUGUAGGAUUUUGUGUCAUUAAUUCAUUGAAAAGAUGCUACCCCUUGGAGGAUGCCACCCACAUAGCACUGCGCACAGUUAGAAGGUUCCUGGAGGUUCAUGGGGAGACUCUGGAGAAGGUGGUGUUUGCAGUCUCUGAGCUUGAAGAGGCCACUUACCAGAAGUUGAUGCCUCUGUAUUUUCCAAGAUCUUUGGAAGAAGAGAUACAAUCCUUGCCUUACCUCCCUGCAGAUAUUGGUAAUGCAGAAGGGGAGCCUGUAGUACCGGAACGGCAGAUCAGGAUUACUGAAAAGCCAGGUGUUCCAGAUGAUGCUUCAGAUGAAGAGGGGCUGGAGGCAGAUUUGUCUUUCAUUGGUUCCCAUGCUUUUGCCCGCAUGGAGGGAGAUGUUGAUAAACAGAGACGCCUCAUCCUUCAGGGACAGCUGUCAGAGGCAGCACUGCAAAAACAGCACCAGAGGAAUUACAAUCGUUGGCUGUGUCAGGCAAGAGCUGAAGACCUCUCUGACAUUGCUUCCCUUAAAGCCUUGUACCAGACAGGUGUGGAUAACUGCGGUCGCACAGUGAUGGUAGUUGUUGGAAGAAAUAUCCCUGUAACAUUGAUAGACAUGGAAAAAGCUCUUCUGUAUUUCAUCCACGUCAUGGAUCAUAUUGCAGUUAAGGAAUAUGUCCUAGUGUAUUUUCAUACACUUACAAAUGAUUACAAUCAACUAGAUUCUAAUUUCUUGAAGAAACUCUAUGAUAUUGUUGAUGCCAAGUACAAGAGGAAUUUGAAGGCAUUAUAUUUUGUCCACCCAACAUUUCGUUCAAAGGUCUCAACAUGGUUUUUCACUACCUUUACUGUCUCAGGGCUAAAGGACAAGAUCCACUAUGUGGAAAGCCUUCAGCAGUUAUUCACAGCCAUACCUCCAGAACAGAUUGAUCUCCCUCCUUUUGUUCUUGAGUAUGAUGCCAGGGAAAAUGGGCCUUACUAUUCUUCGUAUCCUCCAUCCCCUGACUUGUGAUCUGCAGUCCUGCAAUGCUGUUGGUUUCCCAUGGAUCCAAUGACCUGAUGUCUGCCAAAACCUGUGCAUUUGCCCACAGAAUUCAGAGAGAGGGUUUUCCUUCCCCAGCUCUGGUAUUUUUUUACUGAUGAGAUAUUUUCAAGCACUCAAGCAAUCAGAACACUUUAUGCCACUGUGAACUGUACAACUAUUUCAAAUAUAUUUAUCCAAUGGAAAAGUUGAUUUUUUUGGGAUCAGUAUUUUAUUUUCUUCUUUUUUGAAGCUGUUACAUUUAUUCCUGAACAGACUUUCUCUUUUCAGGGAGAUCCAUCAAAAACAUUUGAUUGUGUUUAUAACUAUUAUAGUUUUCCACAUCCAUUUGUAUUUGUACCUGUUUUUGACUGGUUUGUACAAAUAUUGUGCAGUACCAGCCUGACAUAUUGCUCAUUAUAUGAUUUCUAUGCUUUCAUAUCUGGUCACUUUCCCUAUUGGUUAGUGAUGAUUACUUUGGUUUUGAUGCAGCAAAAGUACCUGAAAUUGGGAAUACCGUGUUUGCAGGCUGAACAGAACACUGCAGCCAAGCAAAGAUUACUGCAGCACUUAGUACCAUAAACGCUGACUGAGCUAGGAGCCUGAUACAGUCCCAGUCCAUCUUCAGUGAAUGAUGUGACAUGUCAGGAUGCCACUACCCUCCCAGCAAGAAUAAAGUUGAAAAGCAUUUACACUUC